ACUGGAGAAUUUGAUAGCGUCGACUUUUUUCCUGUUUCCUAUCUUAUCUUACGUCAGUAUUAUUAGAAACCCAUCCAGUUGUGUAACCUCGUGUUUACAAAUCGGGCAAUGUGAGUUAUGCGUGCUCUAUUCAGGCCGCUCGUUGCGUUUCGGAAGGUACUGCAGCCGAACGCGACUGUUCAGUUUAGGCACCCGUUUACAACAGGUAGGACGCCUGCACUAGUGUGGAGAGCAAUGGAAGAUAAAGAAGCUUUGAAGAAAAAGUUGACGCCGUUGCAAUAUCAUGUUACUCAAGAAGCCGGUACUGAACGACCCUUUACAGGAUGUUAUAAUAAGUUUUAUGAAGAAGGGCUGUAUGUAUGUGUUGUGUGUAGACAACCAUUAUUCAGUUCAAAAACAAAGUAUGACUCGGGCUGUGGUUGGCCUGCAUUCAAUGAUGUGCUAGCCAAGGAGAAGGUCACUCUACACCAGGAUACUAGUGCAGUUGGAGCAAAUAUAUUACUGGUUUUAACACGGCCAGGUUUGGUGCGAACUGAGGUGCGAUGCUCCAAGUGCACGGCUCACCUCGGACAUGUGUUCGAUGACGGGCCGGCGCCCACCAAGAAACGUUUUUGCAUUAAUUCCGCGUCGAUGGACUUCAUACCGGCAGAAGAAAGGAAUGACUAACGGGUCUCUGUAAUAAACUUUGUUGUCGACUAGUUUAAGUGCAAAAAUCUAAUUAAUUGAGGGGAUUACAUGAGAAUUGGAUGUGGUAGCUGCAAAUGGAGUAUUAAAGGAGUUGUGAAUUCAUAAAUGAAUAAAUAGUAAUUUGUCGGAGAGUCUAACAAAAAUUUUGAUUUUCUUGUAUUUUUAUCAGCUAUAUUAUAUUAACGACUAAGGCAGAUGUGGCUGUGUAUCCAUAAUCAGAAAUUAAGUGUGUAUCUGAAUGGCGGGUGUAAUGUUACGACUCAGUAUGAAAUAACAAUGGGUCUAAUCUUCACCUUAAAAAUUGCUAGACAACGUGAGCCGCGAACCAGAGGUCUUGAUGUUUUUGUUUCAAAAUUACUCAUUAUCCAUUUCUUAGAUUAAAGUUCUGUUUGUGGAGCUAAGUAUAAUAACUACGGUAGUGUAUCCAAAUGUAAACAAUUCGUACUUCGUUGUCUUAGUUCAGAAACAGAAAUUCACCUGGGGUUCUUACGUCGUUGGCGGUUUAUGCUGAUUCAUAAUAUUACAUUCUCCAUUCUGAUCUAAAUUAAUCUUUGCUGAUACAGCCUAGACUGUUUGCAUACAAUUAAUUAUAAAUUUUGGCAUAAGCAGUAUUGUUUCAGAACUUUCAAGAUACCUAUAGAAAAGAAAAAAUUAAAUUAACUUAAUCUCAUAAUUAUGUGAGUAGUUCUUCUAAUAAUGUUACUGUUCAUGUGGCCUUAAUAACAAGAUAGCUUGUGUAGAAGCGUUUGCAUUUUUAUGUAUAAUUAACUAGAGUAAAUAACGCUAGCUAGACUUAACUUACAGUUACCAAACCGAGUCAUUGUUGUUUAUUUUUAAUUUGUUUAAUUUAUUUAAAUUGUAAUAUUUUUUGUAAUAGUCAACACAUGCAGUACAAACAUUGUAAGUUUGAACAUCUUGUAGCUUGAUAUUAAAUAUAAAUAUUUUGUGUA